AUGCCGGGUCAGCUCGUAUGGUUCAUCACGGGCGCUUCAAAAGGACUCGGACUCGCUCUUGCUCACCGAGCACUUCUUCGCGGCGAUCUCGUCGUAGCUACUGCUCGCGAUACGUCGAAGUUUGAGGACGCUCUGUUCUCUGAUCCAAAGGUCAAACGCGAUCAUACCUUCAUCUUGGCCGUCGAUAUAUCGUGGUCAGUCGAUAAACUCGCUUCGGUUGCCGCUGAUGCUGCUGCUCAUUGGGGUCGCAUCGACGUACUGGUGAAUAACGCGUCAGCAUAUGUGGGUGUUGGGGCAAGCGAAGAGAUCGGAACAAACCCGUUUCACCAAUCGAUGAUCACCAACUUCAUCGGGACCAUGAAUACCACGAAUGCCAUCUUGCCGUACAUGCGAGCUGCCCGAACUGGUACAGUCAUCAUCGUCGGUAGUCGUGCAUCCUUCAUAACUGGCUUUGGUGGUUUGGCUCCGUAUAGAACAACCAAGGCCGCAUUGCAUGCUUAUGGCGAAUCACUCGCCGAUGAGCUCCAGGACUUCAACAUCCGAGUGAACGUUCUUCUACCUGGAGCCUUUGAUACGAACCCAGGCGGCGGCUUCCCUUCUAUUCCUGGCCCUCAGAUCCCAGAUUACGACGACUUCCGGGAACGCACGCGCCAGAGGCUAGAGAAACGCAGAAAUAUUCCGAACAAAGGAGACCCAGAGAAGGGUAUGGACGCACUCGUAGACGUAGUACGCGGCGAAGGCAAGGCGGCCUCCAAAAGUGGGUGGCCAUUAUGGCUGCUUCUGGGCGACGACGGCAUUUUGACCGUGCGAGAACGGUUGAAACUCAUGGCAGACACGAUAGACGAGUGGGAAUCUGUAGGGACCAAGCUCGGAGAGCUUGACGUUGCAGCACGACCCCCUUGGUGGUCGACACUUGUGCGUACUGUGUGGGGAUCUUCUGCUACGACAACUUGA